UGGAUUAUUUUUAGUUUACGGUGCGGGUUUAUUUAAUUUUAAAUUUUAACCUUAAAAAAGAAAAAAUACGGUGAAUCCUUUUAGAAAUGUCGUACUUGGGCGGAAACACCUCGGAUAUCGAACUGGAAAAAAACGAAUUUCCACGUAGUCGACCACAAUCAAGCUUGAUCACUAAAAUGGCCGCGCAUAAAUUGUCCUCGGAGCCAAAAUGGACAGACAAACGCGGUGAUGAGGAUACUGACUCAGAAGUUUCAAUGAAUGAUAAUUUCUUGGCUAAAGGAGCGUUUUUGUUGACACCAUCAUACGAACUAUCUAUGGAACGUGCUGCUAUGAUUUGCGAAAAGAUGACUUUUAAAGGAUGUUUUAGUUUGACUAAAACUGCAACGGGUAUCCUUUUUAAGUUUUCACAUCCAGAAGAUUAUCAAGCCAUAUUCAAGAAAGGAUUUCAUAAAGUCACCGGAGCCAGAUUUUAUCGAAAAAUAGCAAUUCCUUGUCGACCACGAAAAACGUUUACUUUAUACGUUUUGGAUGUUCCUGAAGACAUACCAGUCGAAGAUAUUAGACAUUCUCUCUAUCGCUUCGAUUCUGUUGUCGAAGUUGUUCGGAUACAUGUUCAUCAUUCAUCUUCGACUCCACCUGAAAAAGACCCCGAAGCUAAUAAUGCCACACCUAAAACUGAAGUAAGUACUGGCGAAAAAACCGAACGUCAUAUCAAACGAGAAUUGGCACCCGCAGUCAUCCGUGUCACGCUGGCAUCAAUGGAUGAGUACAAUAUUUUGCUACAGAAUGGUUUGAAUUUCUAUGACGCCACCUUCUUUCCAACCGAAGCUAAUAUACCCCUAAAAGGCGCAAAAAUUGAAUACAAGCGAAGAAUGUUAGACGGCAGUAUUCCAGGGCGUGUCCGCGAAUUACUUCCGGUCUUCGAUGCGGCUGGAUUCUGCAAAAUACCGCCACCGUCAAGCAAGCUUAUAAAACCACCAAGGUCAUGAAUACGGCUAAGUGGCGGCACUGCGCACCCAUUCACCCCUGAUGCCUUUUUAUGCCUGAUGAUGUCUUACCCACGCACCUAUUACUUAAUACCUAAUAUAGGGGCGCCUAGAAAACAAUAUAAUAUACCUAAUUGUUGAUUAUACAACUAAACCCACUAAUCUAUACCAUUUUCGCACAAAAUUUAAUUUAUUUUAAAUUGGAUCUAAUUUAUAUAAACUUAACUAUUAAUUCACUUUUCAUUUUCAAAUAUGGAAGCAAAAUUAAUUAGUUUGAAAUGGAGAACGGACGGAAACGGAAAGUUAAAUAAAUUGUUUGCUGAUUCUGGCGAUUUAUCUAAAGCGCUGAA